AUGAAGCCAUUGGUGGACGCUUCCCUCGACGGCACGCAGAAAAUUGUCGUCUCUGCGCGAACUGGAAGUGAGCAAGGGUCUCUGAUACCAGCAGUGCUGCGAAUGACCAAGUACUCUGGUGCUAUUCGAAUAGACGACAUCAACCUCAAGAAUGUGCCGCGCGUGGUCCUCCGGUCCUCCAUUACCACCAUCACACGACAAGGCCUCGAGCUGGAUGCCACGCUGCGCACCAACCUGGACCCCUUGUCGAUGACGGAGUGCUACUUUAGUGACGAGGACCUCAUCAGCAUGUUGCACCGCGUGCGGUUGUGGGACGCUGUGCAACGCCGCGGCGGCCUUGACGCUAGCAUGAGCCGGAUGCGCUUCUCCCCGGCCCAGCGGCAGCUGCUCGGCCUCGCCCGUGGUGCGCUACACCACCGUCGCGAGGGUACGCGAGUCGUCCUCAUCGACGACGCCAUCACCGCUCAUCUCGAUGAGCACAUGCGCACCAGGAUGAAUGACUUCAUCGACGGCGAGUUUGCUGCCUGCACCGUCCUCAUGGUCGCGCACGACCUCGAGGCAAUCCGCACGGCCGACAUCGUCAUCACGAUCGAAGGGGGCGCCAUCACCAGCGUGCUGGCGCAAAACGGUGCAGGUUGA